AUAGAAGUAAUGCAGUGAAGUGAGUGAAACCCACAAAUCUGAAUUAUUAAAGCUGGUGUGGACGCAUAAAUAACAAGCUAAGACUCGUUCGACACAUCAUGUUUCCUCCAUUUACUUUUAGUGAAAGUCACCGACUCAAUGAACAUAACAGUCCUACCAGUGCAGAGCCUAUGACCUUAGGAUCUCCUGUGUCAAGUCCAACAGGCAAAUCUUCAGCUCAAAAUUAUCUUCCUCCAUAUUUAUUUGGCGAAGCUCCUGCUUCUCCUAUUGGAUCUCCUGCUUGGAAUACUCCUAGGUCCCACAAUUUGUCUUUUGCAUCAGUGCCAAAUCCAUCAACUCCAGUUUCCCAUGUGAAAGAACAACACAUUGCAUAUCAUUCUUCAACGCCUUGUGCGUUAUUGAAUUCUUCAAAUGUUGCAAAAAGUAGUGGACCACCAACGCAAGGACUUCUCUAUUCUGCUUCCACACCUACAACCUCCUUUAAUGUUUCAGAAAUGGGCCCUAUUUCGAAAAUCACUCAAGACAAAGAAGAUGCAAAUUUUAGUAGUAUCUUAUCUCCAAAUAAACUGUUUUCUGCCAACAAUACAACUUAUUUAUCACCAGCUCAAAUAGAUCCUUUCUUUACUCAAGGAGAAGCUCUUAAGAAUGGUGAGCAGUUGGAUGAAUCAUGGGUGACUGUAUUUGGGUUCCCUUCAGCAUCUAGUUCUUAUAUCCUUCAACAAUUUUCUCAAUAUGGAAAUAUAACAGAUCAUAAGAUAUCUCUUUCUGGUAAUUGGAUGCAUAUAAAGUAUCAAUCCAAACUUCAAGCCAAAAAAGCUUUGAGCAAAAAUGGUAAAAUUUUCAGUGGUAAUAUAAUGAUUGGAGUAAAACCUUGUAUUGAAAUGGAUCUCAUGGAGUCAACUAAAGAGAAUUUAGAAGAUACCAGUCUCCUAAAAACACAAGACAGUUUUCUCAACAGCAGUAGCAUUGAGCCUUCAAAACCAAGUUUAAAAAACAUAAGACCCUUGACGCAAGCAUAUCAAAGUCCAACAAUUCAAUCCCAGGCUCUUCAACAAAAAUCUGGAAAUAUUGUCUCAAAAGCUUUAGAGUACUUAUGGAAAUCUUGACGAACAAAAAUUUGAAUAUUUCUAAUUUGCACCUGUACCACCAAAAGGCUUUUGCAUUAUCAUUUUAAUAAAUUUUAAUAUUUGUAUUUAUCGAUGUAAUAAAUUGGUUCUUUGUGUUAUUAGCUUGAAUUGUUAGCCACUGUACCAAGAAUUUAAAUUUCUUCAAAAUCAUUGUAGUUUUUAAAAAUCAAUAAAACUAUGCAAAAA